AAGAUGGGAAGUAUUAUCUUCAUUGUUCGGCAUGCCGAAUCGAAGCACAACGUUGACAAAGAUUUCAAUCAAUUUGACCCUGGGUUGACGGCUUUCGGAGUGCAACAGGCUGAGCAGCUUGGUCGAACUUUUCCUGACCCUAAAAGCAUCAGUGUUAUCUUGACCUCGCCACUACAACGCGCUAUCCAGACCUCAUUGUUAGCCUUUCCAAAUAUUCUCGACAAACGUUAUUUCGAUUCUCAAUCUGGUCAAGGGACGGAUGGGGGCGCAGAAUUGUUGAUUGAUGCAGAUGCCCAAGAGCGAAGCGAUCUCCCUUGUGAUACAGGGCUAGAUCGAGCUUCCCUAGGGAAGAUGUUUCCUCAUUUGGAUUUCUGCCAGUUUACCUGAGAAUUGGCCACUCAAGGAUGGACCCUAUGCUCCAGAUGACGAGGCUCUGCGAGCCCGAGCGAGCAGGCUUCGGCAUCGCCUAAGGGAACUUGUCACAUGCCUCGACGAUUCUAAGAAAACCAUAGUGGUGGUCACGCACGGUGUUUUCAUGAAGUUCUUGACUCAGGAUGAAACUAUCGAUCUUCCAAAGGCUGGUUGGAGCACAUACUAUGUACAUCAGGACACCGAGGGGGCCUCUGUUCUCGUUCCUGUCGAGUGA